AUGACUUCGAAUCGUUAUGAGGAAGAUGAUCUAUCCGAUAUGUAUCAGUUGUGUGAAGUUAUCAGAUUGCAGGAAACCGGACCUAAAGAAGCUAAUAAAUCUUUAAGAAAUGUUUUUAAAUAUGGUGAUACACAUUCUCAGCUUCGUGGUCUCACUAUUUUAAAGACAUUGGUUGAUAACUGUGGUGAAAGUUUUCAAGCUCAAAUUUCCACUCCAAAAUUUAUUGAACUGCUGAAAUCUAUGGCGAAUUCUUCGACCACCGAUCCGAAAGUUCAUAAAAGUCUGAUGUUACUGCUCUCCCAAUGGUCCAAUGAUUUCAAAAAUCAAUCCAAUAUGUACGCUAUAGCUCAUUUAUAUGACAGUGUGAAUCAUAAAGCUGGCUUUUCUAGAAGAAAUUCUAGUACAAGGCCGGUACCUCAAAUUCCAUCUUCCACAAGUUCUAAAGAGAGACGAGAAAGUUUGGAUAAAUCUAAUAAUAAAGGACCACAAUCUCCUACCUAUUCACCAGAAAAGGAAAUUGGGAUGGCGACUCAAAAUGCUACAAAUCUCUUAAAUGCAAUUAUUUUACUAACUCCGAACGCAAAUAUUGAAAAGGAUCCCGAAAUUCAGAAAUUGUUUCGCAAAUGCAAAGAUUCUUCCGAACAAUUAGGCAAAAUUAUACCAUUUGUCAUGGAUUCUGACAAAUUGGGUCCUUUAUUACAAGCAAAUGAUCAAACGCUAGAUGCUUUAUCAAAAUAUUUGGAAAUACACAAAGAUCUUGAUCUUAUUGAUUUUGAUUCAUUUUCUGCAUCAAGUCACUCCGCGGAUAACAAUAUAGUUUAUGAUAACAGCUUGCUUGAAGAUCCAUUUGCUGAUCCAUUUUCUGAUCCUAUAUUGGAACCAGAACUUGGUAACAAAACCAAGAAGAAAUACGAAUGGUGA